AUGCAUGGUCCGUGUGGCCACCUGAAUCCCGAGUGUCCAUGUAUGAAGCAUCUGAAGAGCAAGGGAUCUUGCAAAUAUGUAUAUCCAAAACAUUUUCGCAGUGAGACGACAAACAAUGGUGAUGGUUAUCCGAUGUACAGGAGACGGGAUACUGGUGACAGCGCUUUUAUACGCAAAGCAACAUUGGAUAACAAAUGGGUAAUACCAUAUAACCCUUAUCUUUCAGCCUUGUUUGAUUGUCAUUUAAAUGUGGAAGUAUGCUCGACAGUUGAAGCAGUGAAGUACUUAUAUAAGUACGUUUACAAGGGCAUGACAAGAUCUCGUUCAAUUUUAGGGGGUGGGGUUGACACUAUCGAUGAGAUAGAGCACUACCAGUCAGGGAGAUGGGUUUCUGCGUGCCACGGUCAUUUGAAGCCUUUAACAGUUGAUGGGUAUAGAUGUGCAUCCUUUCAAGAAGCAGCUAUUAAGCUCAGGUUGCUAGAAGAAGAUGAUGCAAUUGAUAAGUGCUUAGCUGAGGCAUGUGAAGUGCAAAUGCCUCCUGCCGUCCGUCGCCUUUUCUCAACUGUCCUGAUUUUUUGCCAACCGAGUGACCCAAAUGCAUUGUGGUUAAAAUACUAUGCCGCCCUCUCAGAAGAUUUUAGCCACAAAUUUCCUAAUUUCCCAGAGAAGGUUAGGCAUCUUACUGCUAGAGCAGUUGAGCAAUAUUUGGAAGCCAUGGGUAAGUCACUUAAAGCAUUUGGGUUGGAACACUUACAAGGUCAAGAAGAUGAUGAGUUGCGGAGGACAAAGGAUAUUGUCGACGCACUGGAUCCACCAAUACCGCAAGAUUGCAUUGAUUGUCGUUUGAAACUCAACUUAGCACAACAAAAAGCAUUUGAUAUAGUCCUCCCUACUGCCACUUCAGGUAUCGCUGCAUCUAACAUACCCUCUGGAAGAACUGCACAUUCUCGGUUCAAAAUACCCAUUGAUUCAGAUGCUUCACUAGCCUGUGAUGUUCCUAAACAGGGUAGCCUAGCUGCAUUGAUACGGGCAGCAAGUUUGAUCAUUUGGGACGAAGCUUCAAUGGCAAGGAAGGAAAAUGUCGAGUCACUAGAUAUGCUUCUCCGAGACCUGUGUGAUGCAACUCUGUCUUUUGGAGGGAAUGGAGAACUGCAAACUGAAGAAAAUGGAUUCGUUCUGCUGCCAUCUGAAAUUGUUAGCAACCCCAGGGAAAAUGAAGAUCCUAUAAAUGAGAUAACCUCAGUGGCAUUCCCUGAACUUGAUAUGAACGAAUUCACAACUGAUAUAUUCACAACAAGGGCAAUAUUAACUCCCAUAAAUGAUGAUCUCGAUUCAAUUAAUUUAGUCCUUAUGGAGAAGUUCCCUGGACAAGCUGUCAUUUAUAAGAGCUUUGAUACAAUUCUUGAUGAUAACUGUGCAAUAUAUCCUACUGAAUUUAUAAACAAGCUUUGUCCUGGUGGAAUGAGCCCACAUGAACUUGUGCUGAAGGAAAAUUGCCCAGUCAUAUUACUCCGUAAUAUCUUGCCUUCUGCUGGGUUAUGCAAUGGAACACGUCUUAUAUGCAAACGUUUCUUCCCCAACAUAAUUGAAUGUGUUAUAACAACCGGCCACCACAAAGGAGAACACGUCUUAUACACGGAUUAA